UUUCUAAAAACUUGCUUGACACUUUGACAGUUGUUAUUGUUUACCAACAAAUUUUAAAACGUUUUAGUUCUGAGAUUUUUUUAAAGGUUUUUGGCUCCUUAAUAAAUAUUUUAGAAUCUAAAUAAAUUCUCUUGCUAGCGAAUAUGGCUGAUUAUUGGAAAUCCAAUGAUCGCAAAUAUUGUGACUUCUGCCAAUGCUGGAUUGCGGACAACAAACCAAGUAUCCAAUUUCACGAAAGUGGUCGCCGGCAUAAGCAAAAUGUUCAGAAACGUAUCACGGAUAUCAGCCGGAAUAGUUACAAAGCACAGAAGGAGCAGAACAAAGUGGAUGCCGAAAUGCGCAAGAUGAAUGAUGCUGCCAUGAAAGCAUACAUGCAAGACAUCAGCGCAGGGGCGGACAUUAGUUCCCGGGCUUUGGCAGAACAGCAGAAAGCGGAAGCCGCUGCCGCGGCUGCAGCGGAGGCUGAGGCUGGAUCGAGUGCUGGUCCUAGCGUUGGACCAAGGGUUCCAAAGAAAAAGAUUGGACGCGAGGCAGACCCAUUCUACAUCCCGGGUGACUUCAGUGACGAAGAAGGACCCACACAAAGCAAGGUAACCGCUGCUGCCAUUGCCGAAGCCGCCAAAAAGAAACGACUAGAAGAGAUUAGUCAAAUGGGGCAUGGAUCGCUUUGGGUUGAAGCUGUGACCGAUGAGGGCUAUACUUACUACUGGCACGUCAAGACCAACGAAUCCGUUUGGGAACCGCCGAAAGAGGGCUUCAUGAAGAAGGAUGAAUAUGAGAAAAUCUCAAUGGUGGUUUUGAGGAAACAAGAGCAAGCCAUUCAGCAAGAGGUGAAGUAUGAGGUGGAUAACGCCCAGGAAAUAGCCGCCAAGUUGAAGCGUGAACAAAUGGCCAAGAUGUACGAGCACAAUCGACGGGUGAAGGAGGAAAUCGAAACGAUCACGGAUCCCAAACGACAGAAACAAGAGGAGGAAGCUGUGCUUGAAGCUGCUGCGGGACCCUACGGUAGAUGGCAAACGAUUGAGCACAGGGAAGAAAAACCGGUUGACUGGGAACUGCCGGCCGUUCCUGAGCCUUUGUAUGUCCCAAGUGCAGUCCCGGAUGUCCCGGAGAGGAAGUUCAAAGAAAAAACUAUCAACCACAUUCCGGGGGAUGAAAAGAGCGCUCUUAACGAAACUUUUUUCAAGAAGCGGAAAGUAAAUCGUAACGCUCGUCAACGUUUGGAUGUUGACUGAUGAGAGUUUAAUAUAUAAAUAUGUAAGUA